CAUACUGAAACCCAGAGCCAGCCUCAGAUCCUCCAGAGCUGGGGGGAGAGAGCAUAGAGUCUCGCUGCAAUGAGGGGGUGCACCAGCCGCUGGAUCCUACCCCUGCUGCUUUUAGGUUUCCUACAGCCUCACCCUGGGACUGGAGACCUGCAGGCUUCCUGCAACAGCUCGACAGACGGCACUAUCUAUGAUUAUGGCGCCCUCACGCUGGAUGGGAGUCGAUACGUCUCGUUCAAAGAGUAUGCAGGGAAGAACGUCCUCUUUGUCAAUGUGGCAACCUACUGAGGACUCACCCUGCAGUACCUGGAACUGAAUGCACUACACGAGGAGCUGAGACCCUAUGGUUUCGUCAUCCUGGGGUUCCCCUCACACCAGUUUGGGUUGCAGGAGCCUGGGGAUAAGAAUGAAAUUCUGCCCACUCUGAAGUACGUCCGUCCAGGGGGUGGAUUUGUUCCAAAUUUCCAGCUUUUUCAAAAGGGGUAUAUAAACGGGCAGCAUGAACAGAAAGUCUACACCUUCCUGAAGAACAGCUGUCCUCCGGUUGGCGACAGCUUUGGUAAUCCAACGAACCGGCUGUUCUGGGAGCCGCUGAGGGUGAACGAUGUCAAGUGGAACUUCGAGAAGUUUCUGGUGGGUCCGGACGGAAAGCCGGUGAAGCGCUGGUACCCCCGAGUGAACGUGUCUGCUGUGAGGAAGGACAUCCUUGAGUACCUGCGCAGUCAGGCCUCACAGAGGAGGCAAAGGCCACAGCUGCCUGUACUGGAACCCUGGAUCAAAUAAGCUUCAAACAAACACACUAAACACAAUGGCACACUUUCCUUUUAAACCGUUCGUGCUUCUUUAUUUUUGACCCUGAAUAGAAUCCAUUCCCCACUAGCGAAAGGCAAAAUUGAAGUAUAAAAAAAAAUAAAAAUAAAAAUAAAGUAAAAUGCCUCAGAUCUUAUGGGUAUGGGUAAAUGAUUAUACACAAUUUAUCAGAUCACUGUUCCUAUAACCCACUCUCAUUAAAACAGGUUAUAUGAUUUCAGUAUUGAAAUGAGAGGCAUGCCUGCUUACAGGUUUUUAGAAAGGGAGUACCAAAUCUAGAACAGAGAAGUACUUUGCAGAGGCAGAGUACAAGCAGAAAGGAGAGCAAUAUGAACAAACUUUAGAUGCAAAGCAAGAGGGUUGAAAAUAAUAAGAGUGGGCUGUAUUCACAAAGACCAGGCAGUGCAAUGGAAUCCUACUCUGUUAUACUUUAACUAUAUAGAGACAAAGAAAUUAAAAAAUAUUAAUAUAUAUAUAUAUUUUUUUGUUGUUGCUUACUGGCUUAUGUAUUGCUGGAGGCCUCAGCUAGGGGGUGCUGUGUGAAAGGGUGCGUGUCAGUGAAGGUAAGGCCCGAAAGCAGUGACCCUGUGGGGCCUGUCCCGAGACUCUGGGGGGUCAGGAGAGUUCUUUAGUGCAUUCAGGCUCUCCUAGUAUUCCCACAGAGCCACGCAACCUUUCCUAGAAGCUGCACCUCUAAAGCUGUGGCAGUACGGUUUUUAUUAAGGCCCACUUUAAUAAAGCAUUAGAGUUGGA